CGUUGAAUAAAAUGGGGGUUACAGUGUUAAACAAAAUUCCACGAUUCGUAUAUUUUAACAUUUACAGAUGUCAAAAUGUUAGGUAUUAUAGUAAGAAAAAGGAAAAGGAAGAGGAUAUGGAAAUUCCUGAAAAUCAAUUGAAACAAUAUUAUAGCGCAAAUGAUCAAGUCGAAAAUGGUUUUAUAUAUGAUAAUAAACCCUUCAAAUUCACCUGCGAAGCUGGUAAAAACUAUUCUUGGUGUUUAUGUGGCAAGAGUCAUAAACAACCAUUCUGCGAUGGCACUCACAAAAAUAUUCAUCUUAAGAUUAAGCUGAAACCUAUACGCUUUAGUGUUAAAGAAACUAAGUCUUACUGGCUGUGUAAUUGCAAACAAACAUCGAACAGACCUUUUUGUGAUGGUACACAUAACAGAGAGGAUAUAGGAAAUAAAAAAUAA